AUGGAAGCACAACGUAUUCGUAGAGUUUUGAUUUUAAGUAGUUCACACGUGAAUCGUUUGAAUAUUCAUCUCAAGCUUGAAAGUUAUGACCGAAAUCAUAAUUUUCUAGGACCAGUUGUCAGUUUACCUCAGCAGGAUGGUUUAAUGUGGCCGACCACUGGAUUUUCAUCACUAGUGGUAGAUAACAGAGGAAAUCUUCCUAAAAUCACCAUAGAGAAAAGUGAAGUUUAUUUACUGUAUAGAAUGGUAGCUGACAGAGAGAUCUGUAGGGAUAUCAAAUCUUUCAAUCCACUAAUUAUUUGGAUUAAAAUUUAUAUACAUAUUUUCUGGAGGUUAAAAUUACAAUGGGAUCAAACAUGUAAUGAUAGCGAGGCUGAAGAGGAUGCUACCUCUGAUACUGAACAGAUUGCUGCCACUACUGUAGACACGUUAAAUGAUGAAGGUAUGACAGAUAUUGAUUUAUCUACCUAUAAUUCUGAUUCUGAUUCGAAACAUUUUGACAUUGAAAAACCAUUAGAUUUGGGUGUUGAUAAUAAAAUCAAGAAGAGAAUUUGGGCUGACAAUUGUAAAAGAAAAGAACAGUACAAUGACUUCCUGGAGUUUACUCAAACUGAGCCAUUGAAAAUCAUCAAACAUUGUGCUACUAGAUGGUUAUCUUUGGAGAAAGUAAUUAAAAGAACUCUUCAGCAAUGGGCAGCCUUAUCCUCGUAUUUCAAUAGCGCUGAAGAUGUUGAUCAGCCAGGAAGAGUGCAGAGAGUAGCUCAAAACCUGACCAACAUAGAGAUGCAAGUUUAUGUAAAAUCAGCAGAAGAUGUCACUCAAGUUGAUUAUAUCAAUAAAGAUAAUUACCUGCCAGUGAAUUUUUUAGCUAUAGGAAUGAAGGCCAGAACUGUUUUAGCUGAUAAUCAAGAUAAUCUUGAACCAUCAACACAUCACAGAAUUUACAGCUUCAUAAGAGAAUUUUAUGCUACUAUGAUAAAGAAUAUGGUAAAUAAAUUUCCAUUUGAUAAUGAUUUGCUAAAUGGCAUUUCAUUUGUACACCCUGGAAAUAAAGAAGCCUCUUCAUUUGAAAAUUUUAUUAUUCAUAAAAAUCCAUUCAUUUGCUUAAAAGUCUAUAAGUAA